UGUAGCGCCUCGCACCGCCCUGAUGCUGUGUAAUGGGCAAUGUAAAUACAAACCGUGCUGCCGUGGUGAAUGAAGCCAGUGGAAGCUAAUGUUCCCUUGGUGAACAGCACUGCCCAGUGUCCAGACUUAAACCAACCUGUCCUUCAGUGAAUCCACGGAUACACUCGUUCCCAGAAUAACUGUAAGUCCUUCAACUAAUAGUUAUUUGUAGUCACAACAAAAACCUCAAACUCCCAGAAUUGCUUUUUUAAACGGUUUUGAUUUGCAGUCCUUAAUUCAGUCUUUCAGGUUUCCAGUCCCGUUCUUCAACUGAACAUUUUGAGAGUCUUAUUCAAGGCAGUUGUCCCUGCUCGUCUGUCUGUGAAUGAAAGACAACUUUGCAAUGCAGUUGCGCGCAAGUAUUUCUCGAUUCCCCUGUCACCAGAGCAGCAGUUACAAGCGCCCUGCUUCUUGCACUAACUCAUCCAAAGGCCAUCCUGUUACACUGAGCGCUAUCCGCUAGCUGAUUUUGACUGUCGCGGGUUAUAUUUCAGGGACCGAAUGAACAGCGAUGGAUGGGUUUGGCUGACGAGAGAGAGAGAGAGAGAUAGAGAGGGAGUGUGUUGUCGUUUACGGAGCGAGAGAGUGCUGCCUCCUAUCUGACACAACAGCAACUCCAGUCUCAGACAGAACAUGUACCGGGUCGACCUCCAAGCAACCGAGAGCUUGAACGCAUAUGGAUGUUGGGAGUGAUGAACGAUGGGGUGAACCAGCACUGAGCAUUUAUUUAACCAAUGCAGAACGGAUUACUGUGUGUGAAAUCUGUCUGCGAUUUAAAAAAAAUGGGAAUCGACAGGAGACACCGAGCGUCCUUAGCUCUUACUCUCAACUUUGUUGCCCUCGUCUUCUGUGUCACCGCCUUCAGCACCAGCUACUGGUGUGAAGGGACCAGGAAAGUGGUGAAACCUUUCUGUAAAACCAACUUAAAGGAGAAGCAGAAUAACUGUAUCGAGUACAACAUUCCGGGCAGCAACGACAGCAGCGUAGUCCAGUACAGCUGGGAAAGCGGAGAUGACAAGUAUGUGAUCUGUUAUUUCCACGCCGGCAUCUGGUUCUCCUGCGAAGAAAAUAUCAGUGGACAAGGAGAGAAGUGCAGAAGUUUCAUUCAUCUGACGCCACCUGCUGAACGAGGUGUCCUCUGGUUGUCCAUUGUGGCUGAAAUCCUUUAUAUUCUCUUGCUGGUCAUUGGUCUCAGCCUCAUGUGUAUUGAGAUCUGCCACUACACAAAUGUGAUUGAUGGGUUAAAGCUGAACGCCUUUGCUGCUAUCUUUACAGUUUUGUCAGGUCUCCUUGGGAUGGUAGCUCACAUGAUGUAUACAACGGUGUUUCAGAUGACUGUCAACCUUGGACCUGAAGAUUGGAGGCCGCAAACCUGGGAUUACGGGUGGUCAUACUGUCUAGCUUGGGGAUCAUUUACAUGCUGUAUGGCUGCAUCCGUGACUACAAUAAACACUUAUACAAAGACCAUCCUCGAGUUCAAGCACAAAAGGAAGAACUUGGAAAGAAGUCUAAAGACAACCCCAAAGCUGAUUGAGCAUGAAGUGCCAGCAGAACGAGUCUGGGAUCGGUAUAUUAGCUCGGUACCAAGCUCAACGGAGGAGUUCCUCGACCUCUCCAGUAAUGGUCGCAAGAUGUCCAGCGGCUCCGUCUUUGCAGAUCUGAAUGACAUCUUGGAGGCGCAGGGUGAAGAAUACUGUUGACAUUCCCGGGACUUCAUGUCCACUCCAUACAUCAUGUCAUCAAGAUAGAUAUCACUUACACGUCCUGGAAGGUUUUCUCUCUAUUGUUUACCUUCUCCACAAGUUUAUGAUGCUAUAUGUCAGAUAGUGUUACAAUGGAAUGCACUGUUACAAUGUGCUUCUCCGAUCAACAGUAGUAUUGUACUUUGUGAAAAAGCUCUGUUCAUAUCUGACUGAUGAUUAUUACACUUCCUGGCGUGCUGUUUCUACACAGCAUUAACGUGGCUCCCAUGCCUUCUGUUUCAAUAUCAGAUUCCAUAUUCCACAGCCCAUCAAAACAUGAAAUCACGCUUUGCAGUUCACUCCAAUAAUUGGGGCCUCUAAGGUGCAAAUUUAUCUUUGUGCAAACAGAGCUAACAAGCACUUUAUGGGAAGUGUUUGAAUUCAUUAGAUUUGUAAAUACACAAGGCAGUAAAAGUGUAGACCCCAGCCUUCCACAACUGUGAGCUAGAAUGUAAAGAAAGUAAAUAACUUUGUUUGUUGUCUGCGUGUGUCCUAACUUAAAAAUAAAUUGACUAUUACAGACACUUCAGGUAAGGGUACCACACCUGUAGGUAAAGUCAGAUUUUACACAAGGCGGUAUCAUUUAAACUGGGUACUGGUCUGUAGGGGUACACAUUGUAGCCCCUGGCCAUCAACACUUUCUUCAGGCUGCCACCACCGACAGGACGCAAGUGAGGACCAUGGGGCUUCCAUCCCUCUCCACAUCCGCUGCUUCUUCCUGUUGGCUGUUGCUUUGUCUGCUCAGCUGCUACUCCCUGAACUGCUGCCCCCUCCCCCUUCUCUCCCGGCGUUGCUGACAUGUUCCACGGUGCAACAUGUGAUGCA